AUGGUCUUCCGCUCGCACCGCGCCUACUACGGCGCCAUCGCCGCCGACCUCGUCCUCCGCUUCGGCUGGGCCGCCACGCUCGCCGCCGUGGGGGCUGAGCAGAUCCCGCGCUACCACCACCACCACCACGCUCACGCCCCGCCCCCGGCGUCGCCCGACUGGCUGCACGAGACGCUGCAGCACGCGACGCCCGCGUCCGAGUUCCUCGCUUGGGCGCUGCAGACCCUCGUCAUCGGGCUCGAGCUGGUGCGGCGCUGCUUUUGGGCGGUGCUGCGGCUGGAGGCGGAGCAUCUCUACAACACCGAGGGCUUCCGGCGCAUCGACAACGUGCCGAUGCAUUUCGACCGCAAGGCGCAGGAGGAGCGGCCGGAGCUGGAGCCGAAGAGCCGCGUGCAGCUGCUACUCGAGUUGGGCUCGUACCUGCUGCUCCUCGCCGCACUCGCGACGCUGUCUGCCGUCACGAGGGGGUUAGAGGGGGGCUCUCCGGGCAGCCCGUCGCCGUAG